AUGGCAGAUAUAUCAAUUGGACAGUACAUUUUCACCAGACUCUCUCAGCUUGGAGUCAAGUCUGUCUUUGGCGUUCCUGGAGACUACGAGCUCAUCAUUCUCGACAUGACCCCCGCCGCAGGCCUGACAUGGCGUGGAAAUGCAAAUGAACUCAUUGCUAGUUACGCUGCCGAUGGCUACGCACGCGUAAACGGUAUCGGUGCUUUUGUGACUACCUUCGGACCCGGUGAACUUUCUGCUUAUUGCGGUAUGGCUGGGCAAUAUGCUGAAUACGUUCCGGUCGUGCAUAUUGUGGGAUAUCCAUCUACAUCCGCGAUGAAGAGUGGCGCUGUUAUGCACCAUAGUCUUGGAGAUGGGGAGUUUGGAAUGUAUCAAAAAAUGAUUAAGCAUAUUACUGUUGCGGAUAUUAUCUUGGAUGACGUGGGUAGUGCAGCUUCAGAGAUCGACAGGGUGCUUGAGACAAUGCUUUACCACUCCAGACCGGUUCACUUAUCAAAGCCACUUAUUACGAGUUUACCAUCAAACAUGGUGGAAGAAGAAACGAAAAUAAUCACAGAGAUAGUCAAUCUGCUGCAAUUCCGUAAAGAUCCUGUCAUCGUGGUCGAUGGCGGAGCCAUACGUUUCGAUCUACUUCAAGAGACGCGAGAGAUCAUCACAUCCCUCCAGGUGCCAUACUUCUCAACGGCCAUGUCGAAGGGCAGUAUUAGUGAAUGCCUCGGUGACGGGAAACUGUUUGGUGGCGUUUAUUCUGGAGGAGCAUCGCCAGAUAGUAUUAGGGCUGCUGUUGAGAAGUCAGAGUUGGCGCUGUUUAUUGGAAGAUAUCCGUCUGAUUUCAAUACAGGGGAAUUUACUACUCAGCUUCAGGAUCUUAACAUUGUCGACUUCCAGCGCUUCUCGGUCAAUAUUGCCGGCAAGUCAUACAAUCUUGCCAACAAAUAUCUCCUCCAGAAGCUCGUUCAACAUAUAUCGUCCAUCUCUACCUUAGGCCGCUACUUCCGCGCCAACGACUUCAUAAUCGCCGAAACAGGGACAUCCAGCUACGGUAUCCCCGCCGCAAAUCUGAUGCAUUUCGAAAAUGUUAGAAUGUACAAUCAGACUGUAUUCGGGAGUAUAGGAUAUGCUACUGGGGCCGCGUUGGGGUCUUUUGUUGCUGGGAAGGAAGAUGGUUCGGUCAAGAGAGGGAUUUUGGUUACGGGUGAAGGGUCGUUGCAGUUGACUGUGCAGGCUUUGGCGGAUUAUUUGAGAUGGGGGUUAAAUGCUACCAUAUUCAUCGUGAACAACGGCGGCUACACGGUCGAAAGGCUGAUCCAUGGCAUGGAUGCACUAUACAACACCAUCCCAGUCUGGAAGUAUGAGAAGUUGUCCGAAGUGUUUGGACCGGAUCACCCUUCUCGAUACGAUCGUAUUGAAACUGGCGCAGAACUCGUCGAGUUGCUGAAUUAUGGGCGGUUCAGCGCUGCUGAUUGUACUCAGGUUGUUGAGUUAAUUCUAGGAAAGGAUGAUGCGCCUUUGGCUGUGAAGAUGGCUAGUGCUGCUGUUGAAGCGUUUAAUUUGAGGCAGUAG